CCAAUCAAAAUUCAGAUUUUAUGUAACCGGAAGCGCUGUCAGGACAACAAGCCCACUCCACACCCAGACCGCGGCACAAAGCGCAUGAAUUUGAAGCUGCGUGAAAACUUCUCAGCUCGUGGAAAGAAGAGUUUGUGGAUAUUUUCUGCUUGGAAGAAGAAGAAGCUGCUCGUCAAUCAUGUUCGCAACUUUGAAAAAAGUUGUGUUCUCAACUGGACUGCAGAAUCCCAAAUUCACAGCAGCGGAGAAAAAGGGGGAAGACUAUGAGGUGCGCACCUACCACGCCACUACCUGGAUGAGCACCUCCGUCAGUGGGAUGCAGUUGGAUCCAUCCAUCAAAACCGGUUUCCAGAGGCUCUUCAAGUACAUUCAAGGCAACAAUAAAAACAAGGUCAAAGUGGAGAUGACGGCCCCCGUGACGUGCCGUGUCGACCCUGGAGCCGGUCCUGCCUGUGAAUCUAAGUUCACCGUGUCCUUCUACAUCCCUGAGGAGCAUCAGGAGAGUCCACCAGAGCCGAGCGACCCCGAGGUGUUUGUGGAGCACAGGAAGGAGCUGACAGUAUACGUCAGGACGUACGGCGGUUUCUCCGAUGAGAAGAUGAAGCAGGAAGAGCUCCUGAAACUGGUGGAAAGCCUGAAGAGGGACGGCGUCCAGUACGUGGAGGCUCCGUACUACACCGCCGGGUACGACAGCCCUUUCAAACUGACCAAUCGGAGGAACGAAGUCUGGGUCCUCAAGAAGGGAGAGGAGCAGUAGACAAAGCUGACAUCCUGAUAUUACCAGCUGCACCUAAAAAACUCACAUCUAGAAAUUUGACAGAAUUUGUGUCAAAAAAAAAAAAAAAUCAGUUUUGCUACUUUCACUUAAAGUUACUGAAUGACUCACUGCGAAUGUUGAUGAAAUAAUUAGCAGAACUCCGACAGGCCAGCAUUUAAAGAGCCCAUAUUAUGGAUUUUUGUUUUUCCCUUUACUUUAGUGUGUUAUGUUUUAAAAUGUCUGCAAACUUCUAAAAUCCAAAAUCCACGCCCAAGGGAGGUGUCCUCUCCCAAAGAAAAUGUUGCUCCUUCUCUGCUCAAAACACCUCGUUUGUAGCUCAUUCUUUUCCUACGCUACAUAUCUAUGUCAUCAUGCAGCAUAUUUGCAUAAUUCCAGCAUGGUGGCUACUUUAGCAUGCUCUCCAACAAAGAUACUGUCUGUAUUCAGCAAUAUAGGGUUACGGUACUGGUACGUAAGCUACAUUUGCUGGGUUUUGCUGGGCCAGACGACCAAUCAGAGCAGAGUGGACUUUUCAUAAACAGGGCUUUAAAGACACGGCAGCUAAAACGAGACAUUUCAGAUGUUUUAUAAGAGGAACAGCAGCGAUGUAGAGUAUAAGAAGAAUAAAUAAUGUAUUUAGUCUGUGUAGAUAUUCAAGUAGACCCCCAAAAUAAAAUUCUAAACCUGCAAAUGUGCACAAUAUGGGCUCUUUAACAAGUAAAGUGGCCGCAGUUAGGGGAUAUUUCCAGCAGGUGGAGCUAUUUAGUCAGAAAGUGUUCACCUUAUUUGGUACAAAGAGAAGAACCACGAGUGCCUCUUGAUUUUUUUUUCCUUAAAAAAGGAAUUACUUGUUGAAAAUGCACUAAUUUUAAGCUUUUGUUUGCACACAUUGCCAAUUGCCAUUCAUCAUGUGACUCUUAAAGUUCAUUUAAAUAAUGUGGUAGCUAAUUGUUUACACAUAAAUCUUAGUAAGACCUAAAGGGAUGGUUUACAUUUUCUCCCUCCAGUCAGUCCUGAAGCGGACUUCUGUAAUGUGCAUUUAAACUAAAGUUGAGCACACGAGAAAUCACAUUCAACUCUGAGUUUUUCUGCGAAAAUCCUCACUCAGCGUGUCUGAUUAGGAGUGUGGAAGCCUCAUAUUUGCUUUCUCUGAACUUUGGAAUAGAUGUUUGCACAGAUCAGGGCUGCGCUCUGUUUAAACAUUUGUUUAAAGAGAUUUUUUCAUAUCCAGAAGCAUCAGUUACUGCAACUUUUAACGUACUACAGGCCAGUGAGCAUACUUUAAAAAAAUGUGAACCUGUGUUUUGCUUUUUUCUCGUCAGUCAGGGUUGGUGCUGGGAAGGUGACUCGGUAAUCUCACAAACAUCGGUAAAGCUCCGAUUUCAGACCUCGAUUACUGCCGCUGAGUCAAUCUGGACCAGUCCGAUCACUGAAAUCUCGUGUCAUUUUAUUUUUUUGAAUAAUAAAUGUGUAGGGAUCGGAUUAGCUAACAUUUAAGGUGUCUGACAGGAGUGAUGGCUAAAUGCUAACAUACAAAACAUCUUUUUAAAGACCCUCCUUUCAUAUGUUUAAUCAUAUUGUGUGUUUUAGGGCAUAAAACUUAAUACUUCAUAAGGGAAUAAUGGCAUAAGCACUGCACAGAUAUAUGGGAAAUCUCUAAAUGAUGUGAGAGAAUGUAAAAUGUAUGAUCGCAUCAAUAAUAAAUGGAACUGCAAAUGA